UCUCACCAUUGAAUUGCUUGUUGGAACACUUCUGGUACGGUGUCGACCGGCAGAAUUCGUUCCCUCCAACAAUUCAUGUUGUACCACACACGAUGUGGCCCUGGUAUUAUGGCUUUGGCCUGGACUGCAGGAUAUAUCUAACUUUCAUGGGAUGAACCUGGAUAAACCUCCGUAAAAAUGCAGCUUUAUCAUCUUAACAGCUGCCGCGCAUUUCUGCGUAAUUUAUAUUUAAUUAACUCCUUCUUUCAAUUUAUUUUAUAUUAUUUUCAAGUGCGUUUCCCAUUUCACAGCAACGUAUUAGAAAUGUGACAAAUCCAGAAGAAUUCAUUGAAUCACAGCCACUGGAAGGGUUGAGUAUCCUGGAAAAUGAUAUCCUGAUUCCGAAAAAACGUUUGUCCGUUCGCGAGGUCAACUCCGCUCGGCAGUGGCCAAGUCGCUUCAUCCCAUAUGAAAUUGAUCCAGCAGCGGGAUUUCGUAAAAAGCAACGAAACUGAAAUGUUAAUGCUGGCAUUCCGGGACUUUUCGGACAGUACCUGUGUCCAGUUUGUUCCGCGCACCGGUCAACGCGAUUAUGUUUUUAUAACCACCGAUCCAAAGCGCGGGUGCCUUUCUUAUAUUGGAUGGCAAGGUGGUCGACAGGAAGUCUUUUUAUUACGGCCAAACUGUUUCUACCUAAAAGGAACGAUCAUCCAUGAACUAAUGCACACGAUUGGAUUUUAUCACGAACACUCCAGACCCGAUCGGGACGACCACGUUCAGGUCGUAUGGAACAACAUUCGUGCCGACAAACUCAGCAAUUUUCAAAUCGAACAAUCUGGCAAUACACUGGGUGUGCCAUAUGAUUACUCGUCGGUUAUGCAUUAUUCCGCGUUGACGUUUUCCAAAGAUCCGGAUGACAAAGAAUACACUAUGAUACCGAAAAACAUGGGCUUUCCUCCGGAUCGCUUGGGUCAACGCCGCGGCUUCAGUGCAAUUGACCUGCAGCAGAUAUUAGUAUUUUACAACUGUCCGAAGCGGUUGAUGCCGUUUAUCGGCGGUUUCGUUGAGGAUCAUCCCGGUUUUCCUGAUCCCAGCGAACAUACCAAUCCAGAAGACACUUCAAAGAACGGCAAACUCAUACCGCUAGUUCGUCAAGCUCGAAACGAAGAUAUAUCUACAGUUAACCACGAAAAUGACGUCCAAGCGCCGCAGUUCAUUGUAGCAGGCACACCUAGCACCAUCAAUGUGGAUGUGCCGGUUCUGCCCGGAACACUGCACUCCAUUGCGGAUAAUAACGCUCCACAGGAAAUCAUCCAGCCACCGACCACCUCGUCCGCUGUUUCCGUAUGCUCGGGAUUUUUUGCUCCAGAUGCUGUACUAAACUUUUUAGGGUUUUUCUAUUUGUUCAAAGAUGGAUUAUAUUGGAAGUAUUCGUAUCUGGAUGGUGCAUUUACAAAACAACCCAACUUUCCAAAGGCUUAUAAAGCAAAUUUUAAUGCAGACAUUCCAAAUAAACUUGACAGCGUUUUCAGUUACCUCACUUAUAUUUACUUUGUGAAGGAUACUAUGGUAUGGGUUGCGAAAAGUGAUAGCGAUAUCCGUGGUCCUGUUGCUCUAAAAAAGCUUUUUCCCGGACUACCGGACAUAUCAUGGGACAAUAUUUUUGUGAAGGGGACCAUUAUCCAUUUCAUAUCUCGAGCUUCUACAUGGCUGUACGACAUCAGAUCUGAUAAAAUUAUGGGCCCGCUAAUGAAUUUCCAAAAUCCUUUAUUUUUGAGUGGACCGGUCACGGAAUUACCUGACGGAAGGAUGCUAGCUUUUCCAACAACUGAAUCUAUUGGAGACGGAACUCAUUUGUAUAUGCUGGAUAGACUUUCUGGCCAGACGCUCCCUGGAUUUCCGAGAUCGACGAAAGAGACUUUUUGUUGAUAAAAUAAAACUUAUGUUGUUUUAAUUGAUUGUUGUUAUAAGUGUUCUGCCACGUUCUUGCCAUGGAGGUGUGGAUUGUUCCGGCGGCUGACAAUGAGGAAGUUCCUCACAUUUAUCGUCCCAAAGUUCAUAUCUCCAAACCAGCAUUGCAGUAGCCGCAGCUUAUUUUCAUGUGUAGAAAUUCAGUGCAUUUCGUGUAGAAAUUCGGUGCAUUUCCAUGUAUUCACUGCUUUAAAAACUUGAUGCUAAAGGUGAGAAAGAGAUGACCACGUUAUGGUUCGAAGCCGUUGUUCGAGA